AAAACACGGGAAAGAUAGAUUUGAUGUAUCUUAUUGAGGACUUGUAGUCUAGCCUACUAUCGCGGAUAAAGUUGUAGGUUUCCCUGGCGUGCCAUGCAAGGCACCUUAUUAUCAGAUAUGAGGGAAAAGUGUCAGAAUCAAGACAAACAGCAUGACGACAUAGCCACCAAAUAACGUCAAUGCCUUUUCACACAAGUGAAAAAACAAACACUCAAGUUAAGUAUUGAAAGCAAUUUCACUCAAACAUGAGUUCUUCCGGCGGCAGGAAGGUAGAUAGGUUAUAUGUCGGCGUGUUUCGACUUAUUAUUUCCAUGGAACUGACAUUUUGAAAUUAAUUUAGUCUGUUUCCCCGGAGCGAAUUGUUUUUGGGUAGCUUCAUCUUGCGACGACACGUGAAAAUAGCGUGCACGUUUGGAGUUACGAUGCUGAUCUCUUGGGUCACAUUUAUUCAAGCAUUCCUGAUAUUGCUGGUGAACGGAGCUGACCAAUGGAGCCUCCGGGAGUCCUCUAACUGCCAGCUAAAUAAGAAAGUAAGUGGCCUAAUAUCACUUUCUCUCUAAUAUAUGAGUCUUACAUCUAAGUAAAUUAUAAUUUUUCUCUCUCCAAUGAAACAGUUAGUAUUUAAAACGAACUGGGAUUUCAGUAGGCCUAUCUGAAUGUCCACUGUCCAGUUUUGGCUAUAACUAUGUUAUAUGAUUCUUCUUCCGUUCACUUUUUUAUUUACACAAUGGGUUAUUUAGACUAGUUCAUUCAUCCAUUCAACCUGUAAAGUUUCCAUUUCCUCAGAGAGCGUAGUUCAUAUCAGAUGUGUAUUGUGUUAGUCAUUAACGAGCAUCAAAUAGCCUACCACAUUUAGAAUCAACAGUCUCAGACCAUUUAAAUAGCUAAAAUGUUCCCACUGUCUAUUUGCAAUGGAUGAGAACUAGUAGUUCUUUGUGUUUAUUGUAAGUCUGUUUUAGAAGGGCCACCUAUUAAAAUGGUUUGUUUGUCCAUAUCUUAAAAAAAACAAACUUUAGUGACAUAGUUGGUGAAUGACAUCACACACACGCAGCCAUAAAACUAUUGUUCACAUCAAUGACAUUAUAUGAUCAGGUUUUUGGGUUGACCAAAAAACGCUAAUGUGGUUUAUAGCCUGGUAAUAAUAAUAAUAAUGUGGUUUAUAGCCUGGUAAUAAUACUACUAAUGUGGUUUAUAGCCUGGUAAUAAUAAUAAUACUAAUGUGGUUGUGUAGCCUGGUAAUAAUACUAAUACUAAUGUGGUUUAUAGCCUGGUAAUAAUAAUAAUAAUACGAAUGUGGUUUAUAGCCUGGUAAUAAUAAUACUAAUGUGGUUUAUAGCCUGGUAAUAAUAAUACUAAUGUGGUUUAUAGCCUGGUAAUAAUACUACUAAUGUGGUUUAUAGCCUGGUAAUAAUAAUAAUACUAAUGUGGUUGUGUAGCCUGGUAAUAAUACUAAUACUAAUGUGGUUUAUAGCCUGGUAAUAAUAAUAAUAAUACGAAUGUGGUUUAUAGCCUGGUAAUAAUAAUACUAAUGUGGUUUAUAGCCUGGUAAUAAUAAUACUAAUGUGGUUUAUAGCCUGGUAAUAAUAAUACUAAUGUGGUUUAUAGCCUGGUAAUAAUAAUACUAAGUGGUUUAGCCUGGUAAUAAUAAUACUAAUGUGGUUUAUAGCCUGGUAAUAAUAAUAUAUCAAUGUGGUUUAUAGCCUGGUAAUAAUAAUACUAAUGUGGUUUAUAGCCUGGUAUAAUAAACUAAUGUGGUUUAUAGCCUGGUAAUAAUAAUACUAAUGUGGUUUAUAGCCUGGUAAUAAUAAUACUAAGUGGUUUAUAGCCUGGUAAUAAUAAUACUAAAGUGGUUUAUAGCCUGGUAAUAAUAAUACUAAAGUGGUUUAUAGCCUGGUAAUAAUAAUACUAAAUGUGGUUUAUAGCCUGGUAAUAAUAAUACUAAUGUGGUUUAUAGCCUGGUAAUAAUAACACUAAUGUGGUUGUAUAGCCUGGUAAUAAUAAUACUAAUGUGGUUUAUAGCCUGGUAAUAAUAUACUAAUGUGGUUUAUAGCCUGGUAAUAUAAUAAUACUAAUGUGGUUUAUAGCCUGGUAAUAAUAAUACUAAGUGGUUUAUAGCCUGGUAAUAAUAAUACUAAUGUGGUUUAUAGCCUGGUAAUAAUAAUACUAAUGUGGUUUAUAGCCUGGUAAUAAUAAUACUAAUGUGGUUUAUAGCCUGGUAAUAAUAAUACUAAUGUGGUUUAUAGCCUGGUAAUAAUACUACUAAUGUGGUUUAUAGCCUGGUAAUACUACAUACUAAUGUGUUUAUAGCCUGGUAAUACUAAUACUAAUGUGGGUUUAUAGCCUGGUAAUAAUAUACUAAUGUGGUUUAUAGCCUGGUAAUAAAAUAAUACUAAUGUGGUUUAUCGCCGGUAAUAAUAAUACUAAUGUGGUUUAUAGCCCUGGGUAUAAUAAUAAUACUAAUGUGGUUUAUAGCCUGGUAAUAAUACUACUAAUGUGGUUUAUAGCCUGGUAAUAAUAAUACUAAUGUGGUUUAUAGCCUGGUAAUAAUAAUACUAAUGUGGUUUAUAGCCUGGUAAUAAUAAUAAUACUAAUGUGGUUUAUAGCCUGGUAAUAAUACUACUAAUGUGGUUUAUAGCCUGGUAAUAAUACUACUAAUGUGGUUUAUAGCCUGGUAAUAAUAAUACUAAUGUGGUUUAUAGCCUGGUAAUAAUAAUACUAAUGUGGUUUAUAGCCUGGUAAUAAUAAUACUAAUUCACUCAUGUCUGUUUUUCUUCUUCUUUCGCCGUCGGCAGCAAAGCGAUCUGAACUCUUUCCUGUGGACCAUCAAACGUAACCCUCCGUCCUACUUCUACGGCACGAUCCACGUCCCUUACACACGCGUCUGGGACUUUAUCCCGGAGAACUCCAAGAAGGCUUUCCAGGAGAGCAACAUGGUGUACUUGGAGCUGGACCUAACUGACCCCUACACCAUCUCAGCCCUGACCAGCUGCCAGCUCCUUCCCCAGGGGGGAACCCUACAGGACGUUCUACCCAGGGACAUCUACAGACGCCUCAAGAGGCACUUGGAGUACGUCAAGCUCAUGAUGCCGUCCUGGAUGACUCCGGACCAGAGGGGUAAAGGUCUCUACGCUGACUACCUGUUUAAUGCGAUAGCGGGGAACUGGGAGAGGAAGAGGCCCGUGUGGGUGAUGUUGAUGGUGAACUCGUUGACGGAGGCGGACGUUAAGACAAGGGGGGUCCCGGUGUUGGAUCUGUACCUGGCCCAGGAGGCAGAGAGGAUGGGGAAGAGGACAGGAGCCGUGGAGAAAGUGGAGGAGCAGUGUCACCCGCUCAACGGACUCAACUUCUCUCAGGUGAGUGGGUCCGUCUGAACGUUAACCGUAUUUCCCAUAUCAUACGGCUCUACGUUCGACCAGAGCCCUAUGGUUACCCUAUUCCCUAUAUGUUGGAGGGUUUUAAACUACUGAAUCUGCCGGGUAAAUAAAUCCUGCCAGGAGAUGGUGAUGUUUCAAAUAGGCCUAGCAUCACCAUCACUAGCUAACAGGGAAACAUCGGUUAGGGUAGCUAACUUGAUUCUUCUUACACGUUAAAAGGGAUUGUAUUGGUGUAAUAAAGCCCUGUACCUCAGUGGUGUAAACAUGGGUGACAGAGAGUUUCUUUCCACCAUAUUUUGUUCACCAGUCUCGGCGCUAUUCCUUUUACAUCUAAGUCACAUUGAGAUUGACUUUGUAAUUUGAACAUAACCUAGGCUAUGAUAAUAAUAAAUGCCAUUUAGCAGACGCUUUUAUCCAAAGCGACUUGCAGUCAUGCGUGCAUAAAUUUUUUUGGGUACGUGUGGUCCCGGGGAUCGAAACCACUACCUUGGCGUUACAAGCGCCGUGCUCUACCAGCUGAGCUACAGACGACCACAUGAUCUGACCCAUCACCUGGUGUAUUACUGCCUCCAGUCCCACUAUACAACACAAAUGUUUCCUAGCCUCCCAGCCAUGCUUUUUGUCACUAACACUAAAAUUAAAACGAAAUAAUAUAAAAACGAAAUAUAAAUGAGCAAAUCAGGUCAGAAAACGAACUGAAACUAAACUGGAUUUCAAAUAAAAAUUGAAAAACGAAUAGAAAUAAAAAUUAAUAUAAAAACACAAUCUACAGCAUUAUAACCUUGGUUUAUACAGAUGUGAAUGUGAAGAAUUAGGAUUAAAUUGCCUAUCUCUCGCUCUCGCUCUCUCUCUCGCUCUCCCCCUCUCUCUCUCUCCCUCUCUCUCUCUCUCUCUCUCUCUCUCUCUCUCUCUCUCUCUCUCUCUCUCUCUCUCUCUCUCUCUCUCUCUCUCUCUCUCUCUCUCUCUCUCUCUCUCUCUCUCUCUCUCUCUCACACACUCUCUCCUUCAUUCCCAUCAGUGGUUGAGAUAUGAGAGAGUUAUUUCUAAGCCAAAAAUACUUUAGCACCAUGUUAAACCAAGCGUGGAGCUUUUCAAUAGCACUAGUGAUUUUAACUUAAACUGAACAAAAAUAUAAACGCAGCAUGCAACAAUUUCAAAGAUUUUACUGAGUUACAGUUCAUAUAAGGAAAUAGUUGAUGGAUUUCACAUGACUGGGAAUACAGAUAUGCAUCUGUUGGUUACAGAUACCUUCAACAAAAACCAACCAAAAUAUUCCACCUGUAUUUGUUUUAGUUUGGGGGUUGAUAGUGUUAUGAUUAUGUAAAUGGUCUCUCUCUCUCUAUGGAUGGGUCUCAAAUGAUACCCUACAUAGUGCACUACUUUUGACCAGGGCCCAUAAGGAAAGUAAGGCACUACAAAGGGAAAAGGGUGCCAUUUGGGACGCAUGCUAUGAAAGGAUGAGCCCAUGUGAAUACAAUGGAUGUCCUUCUUUUCCACUCUGCUUGGCCACCAUUUAGGCGAGCUGCCAUUGAGUUUGCCCACAGCAGAAAAUCUGUCUGAACUGGUUGGUAAUCAGAUUAGAUUCUCUAAUGAGUGAUGUUUCAUCUAAAGAGAGGAACAGCGAUGUUUCAUCUAAAGAGAGGAACAGCGAUGUUUCAUCUAAAGAGAGGAACAGUGAUGUUUCAUCUAAAGAGAGGAACAGCAAUGUUUCAACUAAAGAAUGGAACAGCGAUGUUUCAACUGAAGAAUGGAACAGCGAUGUUUCAACUAAAGAAUGGAACAGCGAUGUUUCAACUGAAGAAUGGAACAGCGAUGUUUCAACUGAAGAAUGGAACAGCGAUGUUUCAACUGAAGAAUGGAACAGCGAUGUUUCAACUGAAGAAUGGAACAGCGAUGUUUGAUUUGAUUUGAUUUAGGCUGGGUCUGAAAUGGCACCAUAUUCCCCAGAUAGUGCAUCUUUGACCAGAGUCCUAUGGCAGCCCGUCAAGCACAUCCUAUCUCUCCAAAAGGAAAACGUUUGAUUGACAGGGUGAACUCAUAAUACCCCUUCAGACACUGCAGUUCUAUUGACAGUCACGUCUGCCGUAUUGAUUUCCAGACCGAAGAGGAUGAAUGCAUCCCAAAUGGCACCCUAUUCCUAUACCAUAUCCAUGGGGCUCUGGUCGAAAGUAGUGCAGUACAUAGGGAAUAGGGUGCCAUUUGGGACAGAGAGGUUGUCUUGUCUUCAUGCCUUCACUGCUCCCUCUCAGGAACGGAUACAUUUCACACUGAGGUGCUUGGUUUCUUAUGUCUUGUUGACCAAACAGACAGAUAUUAGAUUCCUCCACAUUCCUCUGUCUGUCUGUCUGUCUGUCUGUCUGUCUGUCUGUCUGUCUGUCUGUCUGUCUGUCUGUCUGUCUGUCUGUCUGUCUGUCUGUCUGUCUGUCUGUCUGUCUGUCUGUCUGUCUGUCUGUAGGGAUGGAUGUCAGACAGAUAGACUGUGUGGAUGUCAGUGAGACCAUACAAAAGGGACUUAGUAUUCACAGUUCUAAUUCUCCCAAUUUAUGGUGCUAUUGUCAUAGUGUCAGAAGAGGCUUUUAUUUGUGUCUCUUGGUGUCAUUUAAACAGGUUUACACAACCGAAACAUUAGGUGUUGUAUAUCUGUAGGGAUGGAUGUCAGAGAGAUGUCGGAGACACUAUGUGAAAUGAUGUAGUAUAUUCAUUCAGUCACAGUUUUAAUUCUCCCAUUUUACGGCUAUUGUUAGAAGAGGCUUCAUUUUGUCUCUUGGUGUCAUUUGAUCAGUUAACUGAAAAUGAAGUAAGCCUUGUCCAAGCCAGAAUGGCCCACAGGGCAGAGAGAGAGAGAGGCUAUCUCCUGUUUCAGUAGCUUGAGGCAGCUUGAUGUACACACCCUGGACAGGAUGCUCAACUGAAAGGUGAUCAGAUAUUGCCACCUGUUUCCAACAAUACCUUUUUGUCCCAGAGUAGAUACCUCUUGGAAAACAUAUCCCAUCUCCUCUACCUUACUGCCCUGGGCCUUUCCAUAUCCCAUCUCCUCCUCCUUACUGCCCUGGGCCUUUCCAUAUCCCAUCUCCUCUUCCUUACUGCCCUGGGCCUUUCCAUAUCCCAUCUCCUCCUCCUUACUGCCCUGGGCCUUUCCAUAUCCCAUCUCCUCUACCUUACUGCCCUGGGCCUUUCCAUAUCCCAUCUCCUCUUCCUUACUGCCCUGGGCCUUUCCAUAUCCCAUCUCCUCUUCCUUACUGCCCUGGGCCUUUCCAUAUCCCAUCUCCUCUACCUUACUGCCCUGGGCCUUUCCAUAUCCCAUCCCCUCUUCCUUACUGCCCUGGGCCUUUCCAUAUCCCAUCUCCUCUUCCUUACUGCCCUGGGCCUUUCCAUAUCCCAUCUCCUCUUCCUUACUGCCCUGGGCCUUUCCAUAUCCCAUCUCCUCUACCUUACUGCCCUGGGCCUUUCCAUAUCCCAUCUCCUCUUCCUUACUGCCCUGGGCCUUUCCAUAUCCCAUCUCCUCUACCUUACUGCCCUGGGCCUUUCCAUAUCCCAUCUCCUCUUCCUUACUUACUGCCCUGGGCCUUUCCAUAUCCCAUCUCCUCUUCCUUACUGCCCUGGGCCUUUCCAUAUCCCAUCUCCUCUUCCUUACUGCCCUGGCCUUUCCAUAUCCCAUCUCCUCUUCCUUACUGCCCUGGGCCUUUCCAUAUCCCAUCUCGUCUUCCUUACUGCCCUGGGCCUUUCCAUAUCCCAUCUCCUCUUCCUUACUGCCCUGGGCCUUUCCAUAUCCCAUCUCCUCCUCCUUACUGCCCUGGGCCUUUCCAUAUCCCAUCUCCUCUUCCUUACUGCCCUGGGCCUUUCCAUAUCCCAUCUCCUCUUCCUUACUGCCCUGGGCCUUUCCAUAUCCCAUCUCCUCUUCCUUACUGCCCUGGGCCUUUCCAUAUCCCAUCUCCUCUUCCUUACUGCCCUGGGCCUUUCCAUAUCCCAUCUCCUCUUCCUUACUGCCCUGGGCCUUUCCAUAUCCCAUCUCCUCCUCCUUACUGCCCUGGGCCUUUCCAUAUCCCAUCUCCUCUUCCUUACUGCCCUGGGCCUUUCCAUAUCCCAUCUCCUCUUCCUUACUGCCCUGGGCCUUUCCAUAUCCCAUCUCCUCUUCCUUACUGCCCUGGGCCUUUCCAUAUCCCCAUCUCCUCUUCCUUACUGCCCUGGGCCUUUCCAUAUCCCAUCUCCCCUCCUUACUGCCCUGGGCCUUUCCAUAUCCCAUCUCCUCUUCCUUACUGCCCUGGGCCUUUCCAUAUCCCAUCUCCUCUUCCUUACUGCCCUGGGCCUUUCCAUAUCCCAUCUCCUCCUCCUUACUGCCCUGGGCCUUUCCAUAUCCCAUCUCCUCUUCCUUACUGCCCUGGGCCUUUCCAUAUCCCAUCUCCUCCUCCUUACUGCCCUGGGCCUUUCCAUAUCCCAUCUCCUCCUCCUACUGCCCUGGGCCUUUCCAUAUCCCAUCUCCUCUUCCUUACUGCCCUGGGCCUUUCCAUAUCCCAUCUCCUCCUCCUUACUGCCCUGGGCCUUUCCAUAUCCCAUCUCCUCUUCCUUACUGCCCUGGGCCUUUCCAUAUCCCAUCUCCUCUUCCUUACUGCCCUGGGCCUUUCCAUAUCCCAUCUCCUCUUCCUUACUGCCCUGGGCCUUUCCAUAUCCCAUCUCCUCUUCCUUACUGCCCUGGGCCUUUCCAUAUCCCAUCUCCUCUUCCUUACUGCCCUGGGCCUUUCCAUAUCCCAUCUCCUCUACCUUACUGCCCUGGGCCUUUCCAUAUCCCAUCUCCUCUUCCUUACUGCCCUGGGCCUUUCCAUAUCCCAUCUCCUCUUCCUUACUGCCCUGGGCCUUUCCAUAUCCCAUCUCCUCUUCCUAACUGCCCUGGGCCUUUCCAUAUCCCAUCUCCUCUCCUUACUGCCCUGGGCCUUUCCAUAUCCCAUCUCCUCUUCCUUACUGCCCUGGGCCUUUCCAUAUCCCAUCUCCCCCUUCCUUACUGCCCUGGGCCUUUCCAUAUCCCAUCUCCUCUUCCUUACUGCCCUGGGCCUUUCCAUAUCCCAUCUCCCCUCCUCUACUGCCCUGGGCCUUUCCAUAUCCCAUCUCCUCUUCCUUUACUGCCCUGGGCCUUUCCAUAUCCCAUCUCCUCUUCCUUACUGCCCUGGGCCUUUCCAUAUCCCAUCUCCCCUCCUUACUGCCCUGGGCUUUCCAUAUCCCAUCUCCUCUUCCUUACUGCCCUGGCCUUUCCAUAUCCCUACUCCUCUUCCUUACUGCCCUGGGCCUUUCCAUAUCCCAUCUCCUCUUCCUUACUGCCCUGGGCCUUUCCAUAUCCCAUCUCCUCUUCCUUACUGCCCUGGGCCUUUCCAUAUCCCAUCUCCUCUUCCUUACUGCCCUGGGCCUUUCCAUAUCCCAUCUCCUCUUCCUUACUGCCCUGGGCCUUUCCAUAUCCCAUCUCCCCUCCUUACUACUGCCCUGGGCCUUCCAAUCCCAUCCCCCUACUCCCUGGGCCUUCUAUCCAUCUCUCUUCCUUACUGCCCUGGGCCUUUCCAUAUCCCAUCUCCCUCUUCCUUACUGCCCUGGGCCUUUCCAUAUCCCAUCUCCUCCUUCCUUACUGCCCUGGGCCUUUCCAUAUCCCAUCUCCUCCUCCUUACUGCCCUGGGCCUUUCCAUAUCCCAUCUCCUCUUCCUUACUACUGCCCUGGGCCUUUCCAUAUCCCUCUCCUCUCCUUCUGCCCUGGGCCUUUCCAAUCCCAUCUCCUCUUCCUUACUGCCCUGGGCCUUUCCAUAUCCCAUCUCUCUUCCUUACUGCCCUGGGCCUUUCCAUAUCCCAUCUCCUCUUCCUUACUGCCCUGGGCCUUCCAUAUCCCUCUCUCUUCCUUACUGCCCUGGGCCUUUCCAUAUCCCAUCUCCUCUUCCUUACUGCCCUGGGCCUUUCCAAUCCCAUCUCGUCUUCCUUACUGCCCUGGGCCUUUCCAUAUCCCAUCUCCUCUUCCUUACUUUCCCUGGGCCUUUCCAUAUCCCAUCUCCUCCUCCUUAUGCCCUGGGCCUUUUUCCAUAUCCCAUCUCCUCUUCCUUCUGCCCCGGGCCUUUCCCAAACCCCCUCUCCUCUUUCCUUACUGCCCUGGGCCUUUUCCCUAUCCCAUCUCCUCUCCUUACUGCCCUGGGCCUUUCCAUAUCCCAUCUCCUCUUCCUUACUGCCCUGGGCCUUUCCAUAUCCCAUCCCCUCUUCCUUACUGCCCUGGGCCUUUCCAUAUCCCAUCUCCUCUUCCUUACUGCCCUGGGCCUUUGCAGGGCUGUAAAGCUUGUUGAGGAUUUAAUAGCUUGUCUGUUUUAACACCAGGAUUGA